GUCAACAGCCCGAUUUAACGCAUGUGGGUGCUUGACACAGAGCCUGCUAUAUAGUAUUCUCCAAAAACCUUAGCUAGUGCUAUUAGUGCAUAUGAUGUAGGUUUAGUUUUCCAAGUUUUUCCGUGGCCCUUUUUGCUUAUUAUAUCAAUCCUUGGUGGGAGAUAGAGGAAGCAUUUUUAGUGCUAUUUUACAACUGAGGAAAUAGAGGUUUGAAGAGAACUCAGGAACUCUCAGGGUUACCCGGCAUUGUGAGUGACAGAGCUUGGAUCUGAACCAGAGCAGGCUCAUAUGAAUCAACCAACUGGGUGAAAAGAUAAGUUGCAAUCUGAGAUUUAAGACUUGAUCAGAUACCAUCUGGUGGAGGGUACCAACCAGCCUGUCUGCUCAUUUUCCUUCAGGCUGAUCCCAUAAUGCAUCCUCAAGUGGUCAUCUUAAGCCUCAUCCUACAUCUGGCAGAUUCUGUAGCUGGUUCUGUAAAGGUUGGUGGAGAGGCAGGUCCGUCUGUCACACUACCCUGCCACUACAGUGGAGCUGUCACAUCCAUGUGCUGGAAUAGAGGCUCAUGUUCUCUAUUCACAUGCCAAAAUGGCAUUGUCUGGACCAAUGGAACCCACGUCACCUAUCGGAAGGACACACGCUAUAAGCUAUUGGGGGACCUUGCAAGAAGGGAUGUCUCUUUGACCAUAGAAAAUACAGCUGUGUCUGACAGUGGCGUAUAUUGUUGCCGUGUUGAGCACCGUGGGUGGUUCAAUGACAUGAAAAUCACCGUAUCAUUGGAGAUUGUGCCACCCAAGGUCACGACUACUCCAAUUGUCACAACUGUUCCAACCGUCAUGACUGUUCGAACGAGCACCACUGUUCCAACGACAACGACUGUUCCAAUGACAACGACUGUCCCAACGACAACUGUUCCAACGACAAUGAGCAUUCCAACGACAACGACAGUUCUGACGACAAUGACUGUUUCAACGACAACGAGCGUUCCAACGACAACGAGCAUUCCAACAACAACAAGUGUUCCAGUGACAACAACGGUCUCUACCUUUGUUCCUCCAAUGCCUUUGCCCAGGCAGAACCAUGAACCAGUAGCCACUUCACCAUCUUCACCUCAGCCAGCAGAAACCCACCCUAUGACACUGCAGGGAGCAAUAAGGACAGAACCCACCAGCUCAUCAUUGUACUCUUACACAACAGAUGGGAAUGACAACGUGACAGAGUCUUCAGAUGGCCUUUGGAAUAACAAUCAAACUCAACUGUUCCCAGAACAUAGUCUACGGACGGCCAACACCACUAAAGGAAUCUAUGCUGGAGUCUGUAUUUCUGUCUUGGUGCUUCUUGCUCUUUUGGGUGCCAUCAUUGCCAAAAAGUAUUUCUUCAAAAAGGAGGUUCAACAACUAAGUGUUUCAUUUAGCAGCCUUCAAAUUAAAGCUUUGCAAAAUGCAGUUGAAAAGGAAGUCCAAGCAGAAGACAAUAUCUACAUUGAGAAUAGUCUUUAUGCCACGGACUAAGACCCAGUGGUGCUCUUUGAGAGUUUACGCCCAUGAGUGCAGAAGACUGAACAGACAUCAGCACAUCAGACGUCUUUUAGACCCCAAGACAAUUUUUCUGUUUCAGUUUCAUCUGGCAUUCCAACAUGUCAGUGAUACUGGGUAGAGUAACUCUCUCACUCCAAACUGUGUAUAGUCAACCUCAUCAUUAAUGUAGUCCUAAUUUUUUAUGCUAAAACUGGCUCAAUCCUUCUGAUCAUUGCAGUUUUCUCUCAAACAUGAACACUUUAUAAUUGUAUGUUCUUUUUAGACCCCAUAAAUCCUGUAUACAUCAAAGAGAAUAGUCCCUGGAAACAUAGCAAAUGAACUUCUAUCUUGGCCAUCAGAGCUGUCCAGAAGAGGGGAAUCUGUCUUAAAAACCAGCAAAUCCAACGUGAGACUUCAUUUGGAAGCAUUGUAUGAUUAUCUCGUUUCUAUGUUAUACUUCCAAAUGUUGCAUUUCCUAUGUUUUCCAAAGGUUUCAAAUCGUGGGUUUUUAUUUCCUCCGUGGGGAAACAAAGUGAGUCUAACUCACAGGUUUAGCUGUUUUCUCAUAACUCUGGAAAUGUGAUGCAUUAAGUACUGGAUCUCUGAAUUGGGGUAGCUAUUUUACCAGUUAAAGAGGCUACAAUAGUAUGGAAUACAUAGACACCAGGGGAAGAAAAUCAUUUGCCAGGUGAUUUAACAUAUUUAUGCAAUUUUUUUUUUUUUUUUUUGAGAUGGAGCUUUGCUCUUGUUGCCCAGGCUGGAGUGCGAUGGUGAAAUCUCGGCUCACUGUAACCUCCACCUUCCGGGUUCAAGCAAUUCUCCCGCCUCAGCCUCACGAGUAGCUGGGAUUACAGGUGUCCGCCACUAUGCUCAGCUAAUUUUUUGUAUUUUUUUUAGUAGAGACAGGGUUUCAUCAUGUUGGCCAGAAUGAUCUCAAACUCCUGACCUCAGAGGAUCCAGCCUCCUUGGCCUUCCAAAGUGCUGGGAUUACAGGCAUGAGCCACCGUGCCUAGUCCAUUUAUGCAAUUUGUAUUACACGUGUGUCAUGGUGCUAAGCAUUUAAACAACCAUCAGGCUUUCUGAACAAAUUUUUAGAACCAAGAAGAUCAGCAAUAAAAGAAAAAAAAAAGGCGGGAGUAGGGAAAAGUCUGCCUUUUCUGCCUUAUAAGUUACAUUGCAGAUAUAAGUGUUUGAAACUCACUGGUUUUGACCCAAAUUCUAAAUCGUCUCCAAACCACUUUCAUGUUUAAAAUUGUUUAGGAGGCUAGCGCCGUGGCUCAUGCCUGUAAUCCCAGCACUUUGUGAAGCCAAGGUGGGCAGGUAGCUUGAGCCCAGAAGUUUGAGACCAGCCUGGGCAACAUGGCAAGACCCCAUCUCUAUUAAGAAAAAAAUUUAAGGAAAAAAAAAAAAGAUAAAAUUGUUUUGGAAAGGCAAAGUGUCUUUCUCAUAUCUAAUCAAUUCCUGUAUUUUUUUUUUUUUUUUUACAAUUCAAUUAGGCUUAUUGUAAGGAUAUCUUUAGUCAGUAUAAAAAUAUAUAAAAAACAAUUAUACUAAGCCAGUAUAAUUGUUUAGAAGUAUAUAUUUGCCGGCCGGGCAUGGUGGCUCAUGCCUGUAAUCCCAGCACUUUGGAAGGCUGAGGCGGGCGGAUCACUAGAGGUCGGGAGUUUGAGACCAGCCUGACCAACAUGGAGAAACCCUGUUCUCUACUAAGUAUAGAUUUGCAAGGGCUAGAUUUGUCAGAAAAGAAACAUUUCUACAUGAACAGUUAAGGCUGGGUAUUAAUUUCAAUUUCAGUUUGAGUAAACUCUGAAAUAAUUCAUGGUUGAGGUUCAGAGCUACGCAUACCAUAGUUGUCUGGGGCAACAGGAUGCUUGCUUUCAGAGGAAACUUUUUGUUUUUGUUUUUGUUUUUUUGAGAUGGAGUUUUGCUCUUGUCACCCAGGCUGAAAUGCAAUGGCACAAUCUUGGCUCACUGCAACCUCCACCUCCCAGGUUCAAGUGAUUCUCCUGCCUCAGCCUCCUGAGUAGCUGGGAUUACAGAUGCCCGACACAACGCCCAGCUUAUUAUUUUUAGUAGAGACAGGGUUUCACCAUAUUGGCCAGGCUGGCCUCCAACUCCUGACCUCAGGUGAGCCACCCGCCUUGGCCUCCCAAAAGUGUUGGGAUUACAGGCAUGAGCCACCGCGCCCAGCCAGAGGCAACAUUUUUUAAUACAGUUAUCGUUCUAGGAAAUUUAUAGGUCCUUUGAAGGAAAAUUCUGUGGGCAAAUAAGAUUGUGAUACAUGGUAUUUCAGUUUUCCCAAAUGUGGCCAGCCCGAUCUGGUCAAAAAUUUUAUUUUUUAAAAACUAUAGUGUCUUUUUUUCUUAAAUUUGAGGCAACAUACACAAAAUUGGAGAUUUGAAAUUAAAGCCAAGAUUUGUCGUUUCUCUGGAAAGACCUGGCAAGAUUGCACUGGAUUGCUAUGUGACCAGGGUCCCACUAGAUGGGGCUGCAUCCUCUAAUCCCCAAAUCCUUACGUUCCCUGCAUGCUCACCUUUGUUACCUGCCUGACACCUGUGGGGCUUUUAACUUUAUGGCAACUGCCCUAUUCUCUGGAUCCUUCCUGGGGAUUUAUGAUGCAUAAUACUCCGGGAAUCUGGUUAGCUUUGCUUAACACAUUUCCAAAACUUGUUUGAAUGCAUAAGUACAGUCACUAGUAGCAUUCUGUGAAGUGCAAUGUAUGGGGGCUUAGGAGUUUAGGGUAGUAUACAGGAUUAGGGAUAGGACUUGAGUCUAAUCCUAACUCUUAGCAGUUACACUGGAUGACAUUAGAGCAAAUGGUUCUUUACGUCUACAUUUUCUUCAUCUGUAGAUGUAAUAAUUUCCAUAUCAACUGUGAUGUACAGUGCUAAUUCCAAUGAAAUGUUACAUGUGAGAAGUCUUUGAAAUGUAAAAAACACUACAGAUACUGAAGCAGUUUGGAGAAUUAAAAAACACUACGAAAACACAGCUUGGUAAAUAAUUUUUUUUUCUUUUGAGACAGAGUCUGGCUCUGUCAUCCAGGCUAGAGUGUAGUGGCACAAUCUUGGCUCACUGCAACCUCUGCCUCUCAGGCUCAAGCAAUUCUCCUGCCUCAGCCACCUGAGUAGCUGGGAUAGCCACCAUGUCCACUUAAUUUUUGUAUUUUUAGUAGAGACAGGGUUCCACCAUAUUGGCCAGGGUGGUCUUGAACUCCUGAUGUCAAGUGAUCUGCCUGCUCAGCCUCCCAAAGUAUUGGAAUUGCAGGUGUGAGCCACCGUGCCUGGCCAGGGCUUAGCAAAUAAUUCCAAUGGUGUUACACCUAUAAGUCUCUUGCUGUAUGGUAUCUUUUAAAAUAACAUUUCUUUUUUGAGACAGUUGAUAUUGGGUAAUUUGGCCAUCAUCAUAUACUGUAGAAAAAAAUUGUCAAGUGAGAGGGAGAAUAGGUAAGAAGGAAGAAAGGGGAGGAAUUUAGUGAAUAUGAAUUAUUUUCCUUUAGAUACAUUAGUCUUGUAGAUCACAUUGAAUUUUUUAAAUUACUAUUUAAGAUAUUGUUGAGAUUCCAUUACCUCCAUUUUUAAAUUACUGUUUAAGAUAUUGUUGAGAUUCCAUUACCUCCAAUCAGUCUUGGGACAUUAGAACACUGGUAUAAUUAAGACUGUAUGUUUAAGUUGAGAAAUUUUGCACAACUUUAACAAGUAGCAGAACUAAUUGUUCACUGAUGGCUUUAAAGAUGAAAUAAUUCUGUGAAUACAUGAAACUGUGAGGGACUCUUCGUGGUUGUCUAGGUUUAUUUAUAUGCAUACUCAUUAAUAAAAGUUUUUUUUUGUUUGUCUCUUGAAAACAAAACAGCUUUGUUUUAACAAAACAGCAAUGGAACAAAUUUGAAAACCGACUCGAUAUUUUCUCUGGCUCAUCAUUUAGUUUGGGUCAGCCAUCUUCAACUUGCUGUGAGCUCUAGUCAAAGUGGAUCAAAUUUGUGGCAAGUCACACAGGUGUCAGGUGCUCUUCAGGAAACAACCCUGAACUCCAGGUUCUAAGGAGCUUAGUAGGGAAGAAAUACAAAACCUAUCACUUCUGAUACUGAUUAUUACUAAGAGAAAGAAUCUUGUGAUAGAGACUGGCUUCUCAACUAUGGCAUUUGGGGACAGAAAUCUCUGUUGUAGGGGGCUGUCCUGUGCAUAGUAAGGUAUUUGGCGUCAUCCCUGUCCUCCACCCACUAGAUGCCAGUCACAUCCUCCAGUGGUGACAACUGACAAUGUCCCCGCGGGCACAGUUGAGAACCACUGAGGUAGAGGGUGUUUGUUGGGGGGUAGGAAGUGGUGUAGCUUUAGCUGGUUGGUCAGCGGCUGCUUCUAGGAAAGAGGUGACAUUUAAGUUGAAACCAAGAAAAAUGUGUAGGUGGCAGCCACAUGAAAAUCUAGUGGAAGGAAAACAAAUGCAAAGGCUGUGGGGCAGCAGGAAGCUUGUGUAUUAAAAGAGAGGAUGUUGUGUUCCAAUGAGUAAAAAACUAGUGAGUGAGGAGAGAUGAAGAGAAGCAAGGCUGAAGAGAUGCGCAAGGGGUCUGGCCAGGUGCUGGAUGAAAAGGAAUCUACAGGCCAGGCACAGUGGCUCACACCUGUAAUCCCAGCACUUUAGGGGGCCAAGGCUGGAGGAUCACUUGAGCCCAGGAGUUCAAGGCCAGCCUGGGCAACAAAGUGAGCCUCCAUCUUAUUAAAAAUUUAAAAGAGAAAGGAAAAGGGCUCUAUGAAGAUGUCUGUUUGGAAAAGAGUCCCAAUCUUAGAAAACCACUUUUGCAUAUUAAAAGCUAAACCUGCUACCCAUCACCAAAUUCUAUGUUAACAUUCACUAACAUGCUUCAGUGACACUAUUCUAAGUCAGGUAUAGCUCGAGAGUCAGGUUUGUUGGGAUGACAGAAGGAUAUAGGCAGGGGAAAAAGAGGGGGAGAAGGGAACCUCUUGGCAGCAAGGGGCUUUCCACAGGGCUGUGAGACACCCCCAGGCCUUGCAAGAGGGUUUGUGAAAAAAGAGGGAACUGGCACCAACGUUUGGCUGUAAUUGGUUUGGGCCCAAAAUUGCUGCUUUGGGAGGCAGUAGUGGGGUGGUACAGGAGCUGAUUUUAUCCAGUCCACAAAUGGAUUUUUAAAAUAGUUUUUUGAUGUAUAUUUUUUAAGAUGCAUCAAACCCAUGAUUUAAUGGGUAUUGAUUAGGAUGAGUAAAAUGUUCAAGUUAAUUAAUCUAAAAUAAUUUGAGUGAGUAAUAGCAAAAAAGCAAUGUGAAUACGGCAAAGGUUAUGUAGAUGCCUGAAGUCGGAGAGUCAAUAGAUCAAAAUCAGCUGGGAGCUUGUUAAAAUACACAUUUCUUGGCCCUAUUUCUAGACAUUCUGGUUUAGCAAUACAGAUGUGACCUGAGAAUUUUUGUUUGUUUAAAUGACAGAAUACAAGCUACUAUAAAAUAUUGUACAUUUCAAUAAAAGCAUUCAGACUUCAUGAAAGAACAUGUGGAAAUAAGAGCAUACGAUCAUCCUUUACUUCUACUUAUUUCAGAUGUUAAUCUCAGGAAAUGAACCCAAAGUCUUUCUUGCAGGGGACUUUGGGUAUUGCACUGCCACUUUUGUUUAUUUAGUUACUUUUUGAGACGGAGUUUUGCUCUUGUCACCCAGGCUGGAGUGCAAUGGCUCAAUCUCGUCUCACUGCAACCUCCGCCUCCUGGGUUCAAGCCAUUCUCCUGCCUCAGCCUCCCAAGUAGCUGGGAUUACAGGUGCCUGCCACCACGCCUGGCGAAUUUUUGUAUUUUUAGUAGAGAUGGGGUUUCACCAUGUUGGCCAGGCUGGUCUUGAACUCCUGACCUCAGGUGAUCCACCCACCUCGGCCUUCCAAAGUGCUGGGAUUACAGGCGUGAGCUACCACGCCCAGCUUUGCACUGUCACUUCUGAGGCUAAAUAAAAUUACCUGGAGUCUCCAAAAUAUAGGAAGACCCAAAAAAUAUAGGGGAAGCUUAUUUACACUCUGGUUUUCAUGGUCUAGUUUGUGGAUGUUUGUUACAGGUUCGUAGUGCUCUCUGGAAGGAAAGGAAUGACAAUUAGUCAUUUGAUCUCCCUCUGAUUAAGGUUUUCUUUUGUUGUUGAUUUCCUUUCGCUUUUUUUUUUUUUUUUUUUUCCUUUGAGACAGGGUCUUGCUCUGUCACCCAGGCUGGAGUGCAGUGGUGUGAUCACGGCUCACUGCAGCCUUGAAGUCCUGGGCUCAAGUAUCCUCCCACCUCAGCCUCCUGAGUAGCUGGGACCACAGGUGUGCACCACCUUGCCCGGCUAAUUUUUGUGAUUUUUGUAGAGAUGUAUUUUCACCAUGUUACCCAGGCUGGUCUCAAACUCCUGGGUCCAAGCAAUCUGCCCACCUUGGCCUCCCAAAGUGCUGGGAUUGCAGGCAUGAGCCACCACACCCGGCCCUUUUGCCAUUAAUUGUAAACAGUUUUGGAGGGUCUCAGAAGUCAUAUCCUCUUAAAGCCACCAUGCCUGGCUAAUUUUUUUUUUUUUAAGUAGAGAUUAGGUCUUGCUAUGUUGCCAGGCUGGAGUGCAGUGGUGUGAUCAUGGCUAACCCUAAGUGCAGCCUCAAACUCUUAAGCUCAAGUGAUCCUCUUACCUCAGCCUCCUGGGUAGCUGGGAUUACAGGCAUGUGCCACGAUGCCUGGCUCAUUUUUGUAUUUUUUGUAGAGACAGAGUCUCCCUAUGUUGCCCAGGCUCUCUCAAAACUUUAUUUCUUCUUUGACUGUUGAUCGCAUUAGAUUUUCUAAGGAUAUAUACACAAAGGCUGUUGCUCUACCCACUGCAAAAGUAAUGAUAGCCAACCAGAAAACCUGAGGGUGCCCUUGGUAGCCUUGACACAGAAUGUGAGCAUGGUGUACAUGGGGCUGAGAGAGAAACAGUCUAUAACUCAGAACUCCUGAGAAUCGAAUUGUAAUGUUCCCUUGGGGAUUCUCAUGGACACUAAGGACCUUUCCAACUCUUACUUAGAGUCUUGGGUGGCUACUUGUGCCUUACCCCAGUCAUUCCUGAGUCCUUCCUCUGCAGGGCCACCAGCAUAACCUCAAAGCUAAGAUCUGUUUGUGUUACAUCUUAGCUGGAAAUCCUGCAACUACUCCCAAUUUGGUGAAAUUCUCAACUCCACAGCAAGCCCUCCACUGCUUAUCCCCAACUCACUUUGCCUGCUUCAUGGAGUCCCUUCCUGCUAUGUUCCAAAGGCUAUAAAUGCCUCAGAUAUCCACUCUCUACUCCAUGGGUCAUCCCACCUGCCAGGAAUGCUUGUUCCCUGUUUCUCCAAGGGGCACGUCAUUCCUCAAAGUCCUGCUCCAGUGUCACUGCUUCAGACCUUCUGGUCCUAGACUCCUGGACAGAAUUAAUUCUCUCUUCUGAAUACUUCUGGGCAGCCCUUUUUAAUUACUCAAUAAACAUGGAAAAAUAGAGUAACUCCCAUAUUCUAGGCAUGGUGCUAGUACCUAGCUGAGAUUAUUCUGCAUGAGGCCAGGGUUCCGCCUAGCCUGUGGGGCACCUUAGGGUAAAUUACAAAGAGGCCUUCCUCUUCUUUCUGGCUGACACAGCCCUGAGUCAGGACAGAGCUUGUAAAAAGGAGUGUGACUUAGGAUUUUUGUGCUGUGCAAACUAAAACCAUAAAUGGUGAUCCUAUAACUUUGUCCCUUGUAUUAGAGAUAUUUACAUUGAUGGUGCUUUUUUUACUCAACACUUCGAGGGAAGUGUCUGUAUUUUCUCAGCACCUAGCUUAUACUUAGUAGGUGUUCGAUAUAUAUCUAUUAAAAUUAGUUAAUAAAUGGAUAGGGCCAGGUGCAGCGGCUCACCCAUGUAAUCCCAGCACUUUGGGAGGCUAAGAUGGGGUGGAUCACUUGAGGUCAGAAGUUCAAGACCAGCAUGACCAACAUGGUGAAACCCCAUCUCUACUGAAAAUACAAAAAUUUGCCAGGUGUCUUGGUGCAUGCCUGUAAUCCCAGCUAGUCUCAGGAGGCUGAGGCAGGAGAAUCGCUUGAACCCAGGAGGCUGAGGUUGCAGUGAGCCGAGAUUGUGACACUGCACUCUAUCCUGGGUAAGAGUGAGACUCUGUCUCAAACAAACAAACAAACAAACAAAUAAAUAAAAAUAAAAAAUAAAUUGAUAAAAGAAUGUUUCUUAGAACCUUCCUGUGUACUCUAGGGAUGGGAUAGAGCAAGGAAGAGUGUCUCUUUUACAAGUCCAUUUAUAUUACUGGCUGGAGCCGGUGUGAAUCUCAGUGACUCUCUGAGAUCAGUAAUUUGCAACCUUAGCUGCGUGUUAGAAUCAUCUGGGAAGGUUGAGAAACUACCCAUGCCUAGAUCAAUUAAAUCAGAAUUUCAGGAGGGGGUCGCAGAUAUUAUAAUUUUUUCAAUCUCCCCAGAUUUUUUAUGUUUUUGAGACAGAUUCUUGCUGUGUUGUCCAGGCUGGAGGGCAGCAGUGUGAUCAAGGCUCACUGCAGCCUCAACACCUGGGCUCAAGCAAUCCUGCUGUCUCUGCCUUCGAGUAGCUAGGACUACAGGCACACCACCAUGCCCAUCUAAUUUUUUUAUUUGUAGAGACUGGGUCUCGUUAUGUUGCCCAGGCUGUUCUUGAACUUGUGGGCUCAAGAGAUCCUCCGAUCUCAGCCUUUCAAAGUGCUGGGAUUCCAGGCAUGAGCCCUGUGACCAGCCUUCCCCAGGAGAUUUGAGUGUGUAGCUGAGACUGAGAACCACUGACCUUGAGAGACUUGGGAAGGGGAGAUGACAGCAUGUUUCUAUGUUGUGUGUGUCAAGUGCUCUGGAAGGACAUAAAAGACACACAAUGAAACAGGAAAAUGUCCACAAUAGGCUAGAGCAGGGGAAAAACCAAGUAAGAAAAAUGGCAAGAGGCUGGUGACCACAGGUGUGUCCUAUGUCUAGCACCCAUUACAAGAGCAUGAUGUUGGUGGCACCCCUGGGAACAAGAAGGCUGAAUGCUGCCAUGCUUUUGGAAAGCUUCCCAGGAAGCUGGCUCACAGCUGUUCAGCUGACUUUGUCCCUGGGCCUCCUAGGAACUAAAUGUUUCCCCUACAAACUGGUAAAAAUAAAUAAGAAAGUCCCCUUUGGACUGCGAGGAAAUGCUCUAGGGUAACCCCUAUUUUGUGCUGUGGACAGCUGAGAUGGGGCUUGCUCUGCCUGUAAGUGCCUGCACCUGCUUGAGCCUAAAAAUACUUAAAAAAAAUUUGGGAAUGAGGUCUUGCAAUAUUGCCUGGGCUUGAGUGCAGCGGCUAUUCACAGGCAUGAUCUUAGUGCACUACAGCCUUGAAAUCCUGGCUUCAAGUG